AAUGAUUGGCUGUGUGUCCUCGGGCCGCACCACGCACUGGCACGCACUGCCUCUAGAGAGGAGAGAGGAAAGAGGAGAGCUUCGAUUGAUACAACUGUGAAGGAGGCGUUGUGCAGGGGGAGUCGAGAGCAUAGCCUAGGGGGGAAAAAGGAAGAAACAUACUUGUUUGUGUGUGCUUCCAGUGUGUUACUGUGUGCGGGACCAAGGACUUUUGCAUUUUGUGUGGUGUUAGGCUAGUUUGAAACCGCUAAUCGACUUCUGCUAAUGUCCAGACCCUGAGCCCUACUGGUUGUCCGGGAACUGGAGCAAAGGUGAAAGCAGACUGUAUCUGAGUUGUAUACCUCUGGGCAGAGCGUACUAGAGAGUUGUAUACCAGACUGUACCUGAUAUUCGUGUGAGCGUCGGUGAUAGUCGCAUCGUGUGAGCGUCGGCGCGAUGUCGGAUGGUGUGGUGACCACCUUUGUCCUGGCCCUCAAGGCUCUGGCCUGCGUCUACGACCUGGUCACAUGGCUCCCCUUCUUCAUCGUCCAGCGGCCAGACGUGGCCCGGGCCAAGUCCAACAGGCUCAAGGCGGCACCGGUGAACGGCCAGGCAUCGGACCCCUGGCGAUCAGUGGACGUCCCUCCAUCUGGACUGACCACGGCUAUGUUCCCCGGUUGUGAGACGCUGUAUGACCUGUUUGCCCGCGCCUGUCGUUUGUACGGCAGCCGGCCGUGUCUGGGCACGCGCGAGGUGCUGUCUGAGGAGGAGGAGAGGCAGCCCAACGGGAAAGUCUUCAAAAAGCUGGUGUGUGGCAAGUACAUCUGGAUGAGCUAUGACGACGUGGCCACCCAUGUAGACAACCUGGCGAGCGGCCUGUUUGCCCUGGGCCAGAAGCCCGGCUGUAAGAUCGUGGUGUUUGCCGAGACCCGCGCCGAGUGGAUGAUCGCAGCACAAGCCUGCUUCAAGAACAACUUCCCACUCGUGACCCUAUAUGCCACCCUGGGCAAUGACGCCAUCGCUCACGGCAUCCAGGAGACGGGCGCAUCACACGUCAUCACUAGCCUGGAUCUGCUGCCCAAGUUUGAGAGAGCAAGAACGGCGCUGUCAGCCGCCCUCGGACGGACGACAUAGCAGUGAUCAUGUACACUAGUGGGUCCACCGGACUGCCCAAAGGUGUGUUGAUCUCACACAGAAACAUCCUGUGUGGCACGUCGGGACAGACAGACCGGAUCCCAGGCCUAAAUCUCCUGUCUGGCCAAGGGGUCACGGCUAGGCUACUCCUCCCCCACCACGCUGACCGAUAAGUCGACCAAAAUCAAGAAAGGAAGCCAGGGUGAUGUGUCGGUGCUGAGGCCAACGCUGAUGGCUGGAGUGCCGGUAAUCAUGGACCGGAUCUACAAGAACGUGUGGGAGAAGAUCAACGGCGGCUCUCUCAUGGAGCGCGUGUUGUUCCGGUUCGCCUACGAGUACAAGCUGACACAUCUGGUGCAGGGAUACGACACGCCGGUGUUGAACAAGAUCGUGUUCAAGAAGACAAAAGCCCUUUUGGGAGGCCGGCUGCGUCUGAUGCUGUGCGGGGGGGCGCCACUGUCUGCGACCACGCAGCGCUUCAUGAACGUCUGCUUCUGCUGCCCCGUCAGUCAAGGUUACGGGCUCACGGAGACGUGUGGGGCGGGCACGGUGCUGGAGUUCACUGACCUGAGUGUGGAAAGAGUUGGCUCCCCUCUCAUCUCCAGCGAGAUCCGUCUACGCAACUGGGACGAAGGAAACUACAAGACGAGCAACUUACCCUUCCCCCAGGGGGAGAUUCUGAUUGGUGGAGAGAACGUUGCCAUGGGAUACUUCAAGAACCCGGAGAAGACGCGCGAGGAGUUUCUGACCAUUGACGGCCGGCGCUACUUCUGCACGGGCGACAUCGGACAGUUUGAGGCAGACGGAUGUCUGAGGAUUAUUGACCGUAAGAAAGACCUGGUCAAGCUGCAGCAUGGGGAGUACGUGUCUCUGGCACAGGUCGAGACUGUCCUCAAGAUGUGCCCCCUGGUGGAGCAGAUCUGUGUGGUGGCCCGCAGCGACCGCAACAACGUGGUGGCGCUGAUCGUGCCCAACCAGGCGCGUCUAGAGGCCGUGGCCAGGGAGGUCGGCGCCGGCGACAGUGGGGACUUCAAGACGCUUUGUGGGGACCGUAGAGUGCUGGCCGCUGUGCUCAAGCAGAUCUGUGCCCACGGGCUCAAAGGUAAACUACAGCGCUCGGAGCUCCCCCUGGCGGUGCGUCUGUUCCCUGACCCCUGGAUGCCUGACACCGGCCUGGUCACCGACGCCUUCAAGCUCAAGAGGAAGAACAUCGAUGAACACUUCCGUGCUGCCAUCAAUGAGAUGUACGCUGCCUGAGAUGUGGGGGGAACAUUGAUGAAAGCUUCUGCACCGCCAUCGAUGAGAUUACACUGCCUGAGAUGUGGAGAACAUCGAUGAACGCUUCUGUGCCGCCAUCGAUGAGAUGUACGCUGCUUGAGAUGUGGGGAGAGGAGAGGAAGAACAUCGACGAAUGCUUCCGUGGCGCUUUCGAUGAGACGUACGCUGGCUGAAGUGUGUGUGUGUGUGUGUGUUAUGUGUGUGUGUGUGUGUGUGUGUGUGUGUGUGUGAUAUAAAUGUAAGGAAAAAACAAACAUGUUAUGUUUUCUUGUUUUUUGCUUCUUAUACUUAUAGUUUCAUGUCAGCUUGUUAUGAGAGAAAGAGUUAAGGGAGAUAAAGAGAGAGUUUGUUGAGUGAGAGAAAGUUUGUUGAGUGAGAGAAAGUUUGUUGAGUGAGAGAAAGAGAGAGGAAUGAGA